ACGUACACACACAGAAAGAGCAGAGAGGAGGCUCUCUAACCUCGAGCUUGGAGAGCCACAGUCACCAAAUUGUGGUCGUGAAAAUAGCUAAACAAUUGUUUUGCGUGAGAAGCUGUGCUUCUUUAUUCUUGGAAAUUGGCCAACGAUUUCUUUCACCAAACAGUAUUUGGAAUAUAAAAAAGCAUCAUUUGUUAGCAAAUAGGCAAUAUCAAGCAGUUUUUUUUUUUUUUUUUCAUUAUGCAAUUUCAGAUACCCAGAUGGCGAAACUUGUCGAUGAUCAAGAAUUCAUUGAUUUCAUCAACUCCAACAGCAACCCAUUUUGCUUCGUUUCAUUCUACCCCCACUUCGUUCCAGAAGUGGGAGAACCAGUGGAAAUCUGAUAUAAGAGGAGGUCAGGAACCAACUAAGAAAAAUAUCAGAUAUGCAAUACGUCAAAAGCGUGCUGAUGCAAAGAGAGCUUUAAAAGACCUCCUCUACAAAAGUGGGUCCUCAAAUUUUUUGGAUGAAGAGAAGCUUUCAACACACAAUUUGGGAACCAACAGUUUUGCAAAGCAGGAGGGUCAAUCAUAUUGCUCUAGUAAGAAAGGACGAUCAAAGUUUUCUUCUCAUGAUGCUGAAAAAAUUCACCACCAUAAACUAAAACGUAGGUUGAGACGAAAGACUUUUUCUGAGGACUUUGACAAUGAUCCCGAGCCGAUCUUUAAAGCAACAUUUGGGAACAGAUGGUAUACAUGGUCGUUUAACUCAUGGCACGAAUCUUCUUUCCGAAAUUCAACAUCCGGAUUUGAGUGGAGGGAGCAAUCAAGCUGGAAAAACAGUAGAACUAAAAGAUGGGAAAGUCAGAGUGAAACCGAAUUGGAUGACUAUUCAUGUUCUGUAGGAUCACGUUCGGAUAGAACUAUUCUUGGUCUGCCUCCAACAGGCCCUUUAAAGAUUGAAGAUGUUAAAAAUGCUUUCCGCUUGUCAGCUUUAAAAUGGCAUCCUGAUAAGCAUCAAGGCCCUUCACAGGCAAUGGCUGAAGAGAAAUUCAAACUGUGUUCUAAUGCGUACAGGUCAUUGUGUGGUGCUCUCUCCCCAGCUUAACUUUGCAGGUUUAUGAUCAGAUGCAUUAGCGUUCGCUUCGGUGCAGCAAUUGUAGAGAAGAAGUGUAUGAUUAAUUUUAAUUAGUUGUCUUUUCUUAAAUCAUAAUAAUGUCUCAGCCCCAAUAAUUAUAAAUGUAGUGAUUGACUCUUACCUUUCUUUCUCGAAUGAUUCGAUGUAAAACCCUUUAUCUACACCCUCUAAAAAAAUUAUUGACAAAUAAGAAAUUUUAAAAUAGAAGAAUAGAGUAGCAAAAAACAUAAUCUUGUUA